GAUCGGACGCGCUGGAACGGUUGCUGUGGUCCCGUCAAACUGCUGCGCCCUGGUGGUGGUCCCGACCCUGAAGGAUUCCAGUGCCAAUUUCACAUGAAUUUUCCCACCAGGAAAAUACGGUAGAGAUUAGCGGAAAAAUCUGACUUUGGUGCCAAAUACGAGAUUUUGUGAUAUCGACCAGUCGUCGUGUUCGCUGUGCACAUCCAGUGAGAGUGAAGUGUCGAGUGGCAAGGAAGCGGAAAAACAAAAAGGUGUAAUUUUUGCAGCGCGAUCGAAAGUGCUAAACGCAGUAAAGUAAGGUUUAGGCUUAACACACUGCAAGUGAGCUGGUGGAAAUUGUGUUCAGCUGUGCCAGUGGUGUCGUUGCGGAGUGAAUCGCGCGAGUACCCGUGGAUCAUACGCCGGAGCUGAUCGGUCGAUCCGGCGUGCCAUCUACAGCCAAGCUGGCUAAUACUCGCUGCUAGUCGAAUCGUUCGACAUCGGCCCUGUUCGUGGGGCUGUGCGGUCAGGGCCACCAUCACAAUGGGGACCCGAAUAAAAUGGUUAAUCACUACCUCGUUGCUAGUCUGGUAUGGACAACAAGUGAAUGCGCAAAUGUGGGCGGGCAAACUCGACGAUUUUCCAGUACAUAAGCGACAGGAACAUCCACGACAGAUACAACCACAGAUCGAUCCGAGUUACAGCAUCAUCGACACUGCCAGCGGCCCGCAAGGACCACCGUCCAAGAACUGCACAGCGAGCGGUUGCUGUUUACCGAAAUGUUUAGCUGAGAAGGGUAACCGCGGCCUGCCCGGUCCGAUGGGGCUGAAAGGCGUCAAGGGUGUCCGUGGGUUCCCCGGCUCGGAAGGCUUACCUGGCGACAAGGGUACCAAGGGUGAGCCGGGUCCGUUUGGUCUGCAGGGACCAAAAGGCGAUCGGGGUCGCGAUGGCUUGCCCGGCUAUCCUGGCAUUCCCGGCACGAACGGCGUUCCCGGAUUGUCGGGCGCUCCCGGCAUACCCGGUCGGGAUGGCUGCAACGGAACGGACGGUUUGCCGGGCUUCGAAGGUCUGCCGGGAAAUCCGGGACCGCGCGGUUUCCCCGGUGCCCCCGGCACGAAGGGUGAAAAGGGAGAACCCGCACGGCAUCCGGAAAACUACAACAAGGGCCAGAAGGGUGAGCCUGGUAACGACGGACAGGAGGGACAGCGCGGACAAUCCGGUAUUGACGGACCGAAAGGACACCCCGGAAGGCCCGGUGAAAAGGGUGUACCCGGCAUACCCGGCGUGAGAGGCGAACGAGGUGACAAGGGCGUGUGCAUUAAGGGCGAGAAGGGCCAGAAAGGUGCGAAGGGUGAGGAAGUGUACGGUGCAACCGGUACGACGACGACGACGGGACCAAAGGGCGAGAAAGGUGAUCGAGGCGAUUCGGGAGAACCGGGACGGCCGGGCGAAAAGGGACAAGCUGGCGACCGGGGACAGUUGGGCGAACGUGGACACAAGGGCGAGAAAGGUUUGCCUGGACAACCGGGCCCGAGAGGGCGUGACGGUAAUUUUGGACCGGUCGGUCUGCCCGGACAGAAAGGUGAUCGUGGAUCGGAGGGGUUGCACGGACUGAAGGGCCAAAGCGGACCGAAGGGUGAUUCUGGACGAGACGGGAUCCCUGGACAGCCUGGUAUCUCCGGUCCGCCGGGUGCUCCCGGUGGUGGCGAAGGACGCCCGGGAGCACCGGGUCCGAAAGGACCGCGAGGCUACGAAGGACCGCAGGGACCGAAAGGAAUGGAUGGCUUCGAUGGCGAAAAGGGCGAGCGUGGCCAGAUGGGACCGAAGGGCGGUCAGGGUGUACCUGGUCGACCGGGCCCGGAAGGAAUGCCCGGAGACAAAGGUGACAAGGGAGAAUCCGGUUCGGUCGGUAUGCCAGGUCCGCAGGGACCCCGCGGCUACCCAGGACAGCCCGGACCUGAGGGUCUGCGUGGUGAAUCGGGUCAGCCGGGUUAUGGUAUGCCCGGACAAAAGGGUAAUGCCGGUAUGGCUGGCUUCCCUGGCUUGAAGGGACAAAAAGGAGAGCGUGGCUUCAAGGGUGUGAUGGGUACGCCCGGUGACGCAAAGGAAGGACGGCCGGGAGCACCAGGAAUGCCGGGACGUGAUGGAGAAAAGGGUGAACCGGGUCGUCCGGGUCUCAGUGGCAUGAAGGGUGAGCGGGGAAUCAAGGGUGAAAUUGGUGGCCGCUGUACGGAUUGCCGACCGGGACUGAAGGGCGACAAAGGCGAACGCGGUUACGCCGGUGAGCCGGGACGACCAGGAGCGAGCGGAGUGCCAGGCGAACGAGGCUAUCCGGGCACGCCAGGUGAAGAUGGAACACCGGGACUUCGCGGUGAACCCGGACCCAAGGGUGACCCGGGACUGCUGGGACCGCCGGGCCCAUCCGGAGAGCCAGGACGCGAUGCGGAAAUUCCCAUGGAUCAGCUUAAACCCAUCAAGGGCGACAAGGGCGAACUAGGCGAGAAGGGUCUGAUGGGCAUCAAGGGUGAGAAAGGUUUCCCGGGACUGGUCGGACCGGAAGGAAGUAUGGGUCUACGCGGCAUGAAGGGAGACAAGGGACGAACGGGAGAGGCGGGCAUCGAUGGAGCACCGGGCGCACCCGGCAAGGACGGGCUACCAGGCCGACACGGACAGACGAUCAAGGGUGAACCGGGCCUGAAGGGUAAUGUUGGCUACUCGGGCGACAAGGGUGACAAAGGUUACGGCGGACUGAAGGGCGAACCGGGCAAAUGUGCUAACGUACCACCGAACAUAAUGGAAGCGAUUCGUGGUCCGCCAGGGUCGCAGGGUGAGAAAGGUGCCCCCGGUAUCCAGGGCAUGCGGGGCGAUAAGGGUGAUAUGGGUGAGCAGGGACGAUCGGGAGCGCAAGGUAUGGCUGGACCACCGGGCGCACCAGGACCGGUAGGACCGCGCGGUUUGACGGGACACCGGGGCGAGAAGGGAAAUUCGGGACCGCUUGGACCACCAGGAGCCCCAGGACGGGACGGAAUGCCCGGUGCACCGGGACUUCCAGGUUCGAAGGGUGGCAAGGGUGAUCCGGGUCUAUCGAUGGUGGGUCCACCCGGCCCGAAAGGUAACCCAGGAUUGCGAGGUCCGAAGGGAGAUCGGGGAGGUAUGGGUGAUCGUGGCGAUGCAGGAUUGCCCGGUUCGGUUGGUUUUCCAGGCGACAAGGGAGACUUGGGUACACCUGGUCCUCCCGGCUAUCCGGGUGAGGUCGGACCGAAGGGUGAACCAGGUCCGGUAGGACCGGCCGGACAUCCCGGAGCACCCGGACGUCCCGGUGUGGACGGAGUGAAGGGUUUGCCAGGUUUGAAGGGUGACAUUGGCGCACCGGGUGUGAUUGGACUGCCGGGACAGAAGGGCGAUAUGGGACAGGCAGGCAACGACGGUCUGAAGGGAUUCCAAGGUCGCAAAGGCAUGAUGGGUGCCCCGGGCAUUCAAGGUGUUCGUGGACCGCAAGGAACGAAGGGCGAACAGGGCGAGAAGGGCGACAGAGGUGAGAUCGGUAUGAAGGGUUUGUCGGGACAAACGGGACCGCCCGGUAUGGUGGGACCGAAGGGAGAUAAGGGUCUGUCUGGAUUGCCGGGACCGGCCUGCUUACCCGGUAUUUCCGGCGAGAAGGGUGAUAAAGGAUAUACCGGACCGGAAGGACCCCCGGGUGAAGCGGGAGCAGCAUCGGAGAAGGGCCAGAAGGGAGAACCAGGUGUACCGGGACUUCGCGGUAACGACGGACUACCUGGAUUGGAAGGUCCAGCCGGACUCAAGGGAGAUGCCGGUGUACCCGGCUAUGGGCGGCCAGGACCGCAGGGUGAGAAGGGUGAUGUCGGCCUGACGGGCAUAAACGGACUGCCGGGUUUGAACGGUGUGAAAGGUGAUAUGGGAGUGCCAGGAUUCCCGGGUGUGAAGGGAGACAAGGGUACCACCGGACUGCCCGGUGUUCCCGGAGCACCAUGCAUGGACGGACUGCCGGGCGCUGAGGGCCCCGUUGGACCGCGCGGUUACGACGGUGAGAAGGGCUUCAAGGGUGAACCAGGCCGUAUCGGUGAACGGGGUGAGCAGGGAGAGAAGGGUGAUCUGGGACUGACCGGACCGGUAGGUCUCAUGGGUCGGAAGGGUGAUCGUGGUAUACCUGGUUCGCCGGGUCUUCCCGCUACUGUCGCUGCUAUUAAGGGUGACAAGGGUGAGCCUGGCUUCCCGGGCGCUAUUGGUCGCCCUGGUAUGGCGGGAGCACCGGGACUACCGGGUGAGAUGGGACCUAAAGGAGAGAUAGGCAAUCAGGGACUGCCUGGAUUGCCGGGUCCGGCUGGAUUGAAUGGAUUGCAGGGCAUGAAGGGCGAUAUUGGACCGAUGGGCGAGAAAGGUGAUACCUGUCCGGUUGUGAAGGGCGAAAAGGGUCUACCAGGUCGCCCGGGCAAGAUGGGUCGCGAUGGACCGCCGGGACUGACGGGCGAAAAGGGUGAUAAGGGGUUAGCGGGUCUGCCUGGACCGAUGGGUCCUCCCGGACCCGCAGGGCCGCUUGGCCGACAGGGCGAGAAAGGUGACCGAGGUGAUUCCGGUUUGAUGGGACGCCCUGGUCAGGACGGACUGCCGGGACCGCAAGGACAGCGCGGUUUACCAGGACCUCAGGGCGAAAAGGGUGACCAUGGACCUCCUGGUUUCCUCGGACCAAAGGGUGACAAGGGUGAGCGAGGACGCGACGGAUUGAACGGUAUGAAUGGGCCACAGGGUUUGAAGGGUGACCGCGGCAUGCCCGGAUUGGAAGGUGUCGCCGGUCUGCCCGGAAUGGUGGGCGAGAAAGGUGACCGUGGCCUACCUGGUAUGGCCGGUCUGAACGGUGCACCGGGUGAGAAGGGCCAGAAGGGUGAAACGCCUCAGCUACCACCCCAACGCAAGGGACCACCCGGACCACCUGGUUUUAAUGGGCCGAAGGGUGACAAGGGUUUGCCAGGGUUGGCGGGACCGUCCGGCAUUCCCGGGGCUCCCGGUGCGCCUGGCGAGAUGGGACUUCGUGGGUUCGAAGGUGCACGCGGUUUGCAGGGUCUCCGGGGUGACGUCGGUCCGGAAGGACGGGUCGGACGCGAUGGUUCGCCGGGUCUACCCGGUCCGAAGGGUGAGCCGGGUCGAGACUGUGAAUCGGCACCGUAUUACACCGGCAUUCUGCUGGUACGGCACAGCCAAUCGGAUGAGGUGCCCGUGUGCGAACCGGGUCAUUUGAAACUAUGGGACGGCUACUCGCUACUGUACGUCGAUGGUAACGACUACCCGCACAACCAGGACCUCGGAUCGGCCGGUUCCUGCGUGCGCAAGUUCUCCACACUCCCCAUACUGGCCUGCGGACAGAACAACGUCUGCAACUAUGCCUCGCGCAACGAUCGAACGUUCUGGCUGUCGACGUCGGCACCGAUUCCGAUGAUGCCGGUCACGGAGAACGAAAUGCGGCCGUACAUCUCGCGCUGCACGGUAUGCGAAGCGCCCACCAACGUUAUAGCCGUGCACAGCCAGACGCUUCAUAUUCCCGAAUGUCCGAAUGGAUGGGAUGGUCUGUGGAUCGGUUACAGUUUCCUUAUGCACACUGCCGUCGGACAUGGCGGUGGAGGUCAGUCACUGUCCGGUCCGGGAUCGUGCCUGGAGGACUUCCGUGCCACGCCCUUCAUUGAGUGUAACGGAGGCAAGGGUCACUGCCAUUAUUACGAAACCCAAACCUCCUUCUGGCUGGUGUCGCUCGAGGACCACCAGCAGUUCCAGCGACCGGAGCAGCAAACGCUCAAGGCUGGCAACCUGCUCAGCCGAGUAUCUCGGUGCCAAGUGUGCAUCCGCCAUUGAGCAUCACCUUAGCUUUUAUUGGGUCGCCUUUUUUUACCUCCACUCUGUGUCUCCCUCUCUCUCUCUCUUUCCAAAUUUCCUUGUUUAUUUUUUUUUUCUGGAUCUGGACACCACAUGCGAUCCGGAUGUUCCAUAAACAUGGGGGGUUCAGUGCCUAUUAUUUCUUUACCGCAUAUUAGUUCCCUUUGACGCUCUCGAAAACUUCACCUAAUUUACAUACUUUUGACUGGCUGGGGUCCGCCAGACGCACUACACAAGUACUACUACCACAGACCGCCAUCAUCCAGUGCUUCGCCCAGACCGGACAUGUGUAACAGUCAGACACACUAGCUUAUAAAUUAUUUACAACGGGGGAGAAAGAACCGAAACAAUAAUGUCGGACGAGCGCGUUCAAUUACUACCAAAAACACAGUUCAACUAUCAGUUGUGCAUUUAGUAGACCACUUUGACGUGACACCAAAUAUUUAAGCAAUCAAGUUGGAUCAUUACAGCAAAGAUGCAGGCAAAUGAUUUCCAAACAAAGAAAAACCGUCAUACCAUUGCGAAGCGAUAGAAAAUUAACUGCUCGGCAUACACCAACUCUUCGUGCCUUCUUGUUUCAGUCAAUUUAAACGGCAUCAUUUUUCUAAACGUGUUCAAUCGCAGCUGUUGGAAAAUGGCCUACGUGUCCAUACGUUUAUGGUAAAUAAUUUGUUUUUUUUUCUUCUAUAAUCUUUCCAAUACUUCCUUUAAAUGUGUUCUUGUAGUUAAACAAAAUUAAACCAUUUCAAUGUUCCAAUCAUGUGAUUCAGUAGAGGAUAGCUGAUAUGCCGAAGCGAUAAAAGCGUGCGAUAAAGAAAAUAACACCAAAACUGCCAAACCUUCUGUGGUUAAAGGAUUUUUCGGAAGCAACUUUUCCUCCCCUAAGCCGAGGGUAGAGUGAGUGAGGGUGCGUUCAAAUAAAUAAGUUCUAUAGUGCCAUGUAAUUAGAAAACCGCUUACCAUUGAAGCAUCCGGCAGGUAAUUGUAAUAGUUUACUACACGUACUAACCGAAAUUCUCCAUGACUUAGAGGGUGUUUGUGUCCUUACAACUCAUUGUAACGAUGCACAAAUGAAGAGACAAACAAACGAUGUCAAAUCCCAAUUCAACGCAACCGAGCUUUCUGAGCUUGCAGAAGGAUCGCAAACUGAACUCUCCUCCUACCGUUCGAUUAGUUUUUGUUUUAAUUUUAAUCGCGCAAUUAAUGUAACAUAACAGAAACGAUAAUGAAAGAUGGAAUAAACGUUUUACCAAU